AGAUUGAUUUACUUUUGUUGCAGAAGUUAAAAUGAAGGUUGAACUGUGUGCUUUCUCCGGGUACAAAAUCUAUCCAGGUCAUGGCAGGACCUUGGUUAAGAUUGACGGCAAGUCCUACAAGUUCUUGUCCUCUAAGACCCAGAAGGGUCAUGAUCUGAAGAGGAACCCCAGAAAGAUCACCUGGACUGUUCUCUACAGGCGUAAGCACAAGAAGGGAAUUGAGGAGGAUGUUACAAAGAAACGUACUAAGAAGACCCAGAAGUUCCAGAGGGCUGUUGUAGGAGCUUCCCUCACUGAUAUUCUGGCCAAGAGGAACCAGAAGCCCGAGGUCAGGAAGGCCCAGAGAGAGCAGGCCAUCAGGGCUGCCAAGGAGACAAAGAAGACCGCUAAGCCUGCUGCUGCCAAGAAGGCUGCCCCCAAGGACGCUAAGGUGCAGAAGGCUCAACAGAAGGCCACCAAGAACGUGACCAAGGGAGCUCCUCGUGUCGGUGGAAAGCGUUAAUAUCUUCUUUGUCCUGUAUUAAGCCUUUCGUCAUAUUUUGAAUUGUCACAUAAUAUUUCGUGAUGUUUCAGAA